CCCGCGCCGUGUCUUAAACCUCCUCUCUCCCUCCCUCCUUCUCACGCAUUUCCCUCUCUUUUCCCUUCUCUUAAAAAUCAUAAUCUGAAUCUGAUAACACAGUCAGCCUUUUCAUGUCUCAAGUUUCUCCUCAGCCGCCGAUUGAAGAAGCCAUGGGAAGGCAAACCAGAUCCAGAAAACCUGAAACUUGGGGCAAAGGAAAGGUUACUCCCGUCCAGGUCGCCUUCUUAGUCGACCGAUAUCUCUCCGACAACAACUUCUCCGAAACACGCUCCGUCUUCCGAACCGAAGCGGCUUCUCUCAUUUCCAAAUCGCCCGUUCGAGAGGCACCGAAGACUUUGUUGACUCUGGGGACUAUUGUGAACGAGUAUAUACGAUUGAAGGAGCAGGAGGUGAUGUUGGAUCAGGAGAGGGUCCGUUUGGAGCAAGAGAAACUACGGGUUCAGAAUCUCUUGUCGGGGAUGCAAGAGGCCAUGAAUGCUUACAAUGCCAGUGGAACUGCGACUCCUGCUCCGAUGAUUCAGGCUCCUGAAACUAGACCAGUGGCCCUAGUUCCUCAAUCCGACCCAAGUAGUGGAUCUCCGGCAGGUUUUCCUGUGUAUAAUUCACCAGCCAUCUUGCCAAUGCCAUUCCCUUCUGCUACCAUAGUGGAGCAAAGAGCUUCACCUGUUAUAGAAACGCCAUUGAUGAGAAAGAGAGCAGGUUCAGUUGUCAUUCCUGGCACCGCUCCUGCUGCAAAGAAGUCUUGUCGUACAUUGCCUUCCAAGAAAGUGCCACACAAAGGUAAACACUUGAAUAAUGCAGUCAUGGAUCAGGGAAGCACACAGCCCUCUGGAAGGGCCGUUGUACCAUCACCACGCGUUCACAUGCCUGUUGCACCACAGGUUCAGCGAUCCAAUGUAGCUAAAAGUUUGUUCAAUCAGCCCUCACAUUCACCUCCAACUAACACCUCUGGUCCUAAUACUCCACCACAAGAGGCAGCCUCUUCUCAAAAUGAUAAGGUCAUGACUCCGCUGGGUGUUUCUUCCACAUCCAAAUGCAGUAAAGACAAUACUCCUCAAGAGAUCACUCCCAACUGCACUAUAAUAACAUCCGAGAGAGUUAGAGUGAGCCCAUUCAAAGAAGUGGGAUACUAUACAGUGGAGAGAACGUGCUGUAAUUCCUUCCCAUCACCUUCAAAGACAAUCUCAAAGACGCUGAACAAGAGGGAUCAAGUAAAAGGAAGGCUUGAUUUUAAUGGUCCGGAUGGAUUAGUUGAUCUGGACAAGCCAAUUGCAACCAAGAUUUCAACUUCUGAGCCUGAUAAGGAAGUGGACUUGUUUGACAUGGAUUUCCUCAAUCUUGAUUCCCUUGGAGAAAAUUUCUCCUUCUCCGAGCUGUUAAUUGAUUUCGAUCUUGACAGUGAAGGACUUUCCUGUCCCUGCCAACCAACCUCGAGCUCUCUUGGGGAUACUGCUUCAGGGUCUUCUAAUGAAUCAGGAAAUGGUAUUAUGGGGGCUGACCAAGUAAUGUCAGAGUUUUCAUCAACUGUAACAGAAGUAAUUUCAGGGAAAGAUGUGCAUAAUCAAGGGCCAGAAUCUCUAACAACAAUGAAGUCAGUUACAAAAUGCAUAAGAAUUUUAAGUCCUGCAAAAAAUUCAAAGGGUUCUUUGGAUUCAUUCAAUCAUUCAGAGAGAAGCUGAUCACCUUACCGUUGAGAUGACUUAGUUCCAGUACAGCAAGUAUUGAAGACGAUGUCUAACCACAGUAAUUGUUCAACACUAGCCAAAU